GAGAUUGAGCCGGAUGUGGUGUUGCCUAGCUCUGCGGACCACUCCUUAAACCAAUGGUUUGAAGCCAAUGGAUCCUCCUUGAAGAUGCUCAAGGAAGCUUUCCAGCAGAUCAACGCCGAAUCAGCGAAAGCCAGCAAGCCGCAGGAUACAGAGACCAUCAAGGAGAUCAUCCGAGGUGGUGUUGGUUUUGAUCGAGUCAACAAGGCAGUCACCGACAAGCUGCGAAAACAGCUAGUUGGCGUCAUGACUAAAAUCGUCACAGAGUAUUUGGAGAAAGAAGACGUGAGAGAUGACGUCGAAUCCCCACAG